AUGUCGACAGUUGGACAGGUCAUUAAAUGUAAAGCCGCCGUUGCUUGGGAGCCUGCGAAACCUCUUUCCAUCGAGGAAAUUGAGGUGGCCCCACCAAAGAAAGGAGAAGUACGAGUGAAAAUAUUUGCUACUGCAGUAUGUCAUACAGACAUGUAUAGUUUAUCUGGAAAAGAUCCCGAAGGUGUACGCUGGCCAAUAAUUCUAGGCCAUGAAGGAAGUGGUGUAGUGGAAUCAAUUGGAGAAGGCGUCACUUUGGUACAACCCGGAGAUCACGUUAUCCCAUUGUAUAUUCCUGAAUGUCGCGAGUGUAAGUUUUGCAAGAGUGGGAAAACGAAUUUGUGUAGUCUUGUGAGGUCGACUCAAGGUCGCGGUGUUAUGCCGGAUGAGACCACAAGGUUCACCGUCAAAGGCCAGCAGGCAUAUCAUUAUAUGGGAUGUUCCACUUUCAGCCAGUACACAGUUGCACUCGAAAUAUCCCUCGCUAAAAUUAAUCCAGAUGCACCUCUUGAUAAGGUUUGCUUGUUAGGUUGUGGUAUCACCACUGGGUAUGGCGCAGCAACAAAGACUGCGGAUCUUCAGUCUGGCGUAACGGUUGCUGUCUUUGGUUUAGGUGCUGUUGGAUUAUCCGUAAUUCAAGGUGCUGUAGCACGUAAAGCAAGUAAAAUUAUUGUUAUUGAUAAGAAUCCAAAGAAAUUUGAAUAUGCGAAGAAAUUAGCACCGAAUGCAGAGCUGACGUGUUUGAAUCCCGAUGAUCAUGAUAAACCCAUUCAACAGGUGAUCGUUGAACUAACCGAUGGAGGAGUGGACGCGUCUUUUGAAUGUAUUGGCAAUGUUGAAGUAAUGCGAGCUGCGUUAGAAAGUUGUCAUAAAGGAUGGGGUCAAUCAAUUAUUAUUGGGGUCGCAGGCGCAGGGGAAGAAAUCUGUACUCGUCCGUUUCAACUUGUAACAGGACGAGUAUGGAAAGGUUCUGCAUUCGGCGGCGUCAAAGGACGAACAGAGUUACCGAAUUUAGUACAAGAUUAUCUUUCAAAGAAACUCGAGGUAGACUCCUAUGUCACUCAUACUUUCGGAAUCAAUGAUAUCAAUAAGGCGUUUGAGGUGAUGCACUCUGGCGACUGGUAUGUAAUGCAAUUGAUUUGGUCUGGUGCCUCAUUGUCAUCGUUCUGGAUUGAUCUUUCUGAUUUGAUGUGA